ACUUGGGCAUCGAGUUUAUGGAGAGCAAAGAGGUGUACAAGAGACAGGUGCUGUCAAUCACAUUCAUCGCUAUGACGAUCAGCCUCCUGGGAACGCUGUGUAUGGCCCUCUACUGCCGCAACAAGAGACGCAGAGAGAAGCUCCAGGCUCAUCUGAAGGAGAGUCGCAGUCUGAAAAACUACUCUGCAAACUCCCACAAUCCCCUGGAUGCCAAGAUGAGGGCCCAGACCACCAACCUGCAAAUGCACGAGAAUUAG